AGGAUCAUACUAAUCAAUUGGGUGCUAAAGUACUGAUAGUAAUCAAGUUCGGUAUUCAACGUGUAGGUAUGUGUAGCUCCCGCCGCCAACACUGCCAGUGGUAGCGCCUGUGCGUACCCACCAUCGACUCGCGCGUCGCAGCGAGCCUUUCGCCCAUGCGUCUUCCCGUCUUCCCGCCCUGCGUCCCGUCUGCACGCGCAGCCCGCGAGCCCUCCCGUUUGCUCGUUGGUGUGCCUACACCCACCCUUCGCUUGACGCUCAUCAGCCAUGCCUGCGCUCGUGGUCGAUAUGCGUGCGGUGCUGACUCACCUGCGCGGCAUCCACCCUCCUCUGUUCCCGCUUGCCUACUUCCCUGCCCAACGUCCCAUCCGCCCGCGAGCUCUCCAGUCCGCCUGCCUGACCAUCUACUCGUUCACUUUCCCGCUCGUCCGUUCGGUCGCUCGUCCGCCCGUCCGCGCGCUCGCAAUCCCACUUGUCCGCCCGCUGUCCCGCUCGCCUGCCUGUGCGCUCGUGUUCCCACUGGCCCGCCCGCCUGCAUUCCGCGCCAGUCGCCGCCCGUUGUUGCUAACGCUCAUCCGCCCGCCGACACACUCGCUCGCUCGCCGUCCCGCUCGCUUGCCGUUCUGUUCGCACGCCCGCCCGUCCACCCGUCCGCCCGAUGGCUCCUGA